AUGAUAGCAAUAUCGGCUCGUCGUACUAACUUUAAAGAAACAGCAAAACCUAAUGUUUCACCCGAAACUAUCAUUAGUCGUACGGUAACAGAACAGCAACAUCAUUCGCGACAACGUAUUAUUAAUGAAACAUAUCCGGAGCUAUCAUUGAAUCACGAGAAGAAGCAUAAAGUGAAGUUACGAUGUAAAGCACCGUCGUUACCAGCUACAAUUGAAGAUGCUAGCGAAGAUGAGGAGUUAACGACUGUUAACAAUUGUUUAUCUUCCACUACCAGAAGCCUUGAAGGACGUUCACCACAUGUAUUACCACCGGAGGAACUCUUUCAACAUAGUCUUCUCGAAAACCGGGAUUUCUCCUCUCAUCCUCUCCUAAGUCCGAAAUUCAAACACCGUCAUUUAAGACCUCUUCGGAUUACAAAAACAAUUAACAGCUUGUCACAGGGAUUUAACGAUCCAAUCAUACGAAAUAAGCGAAUGCUCUCAUUAUUUAAUGAGCGUUCAAAUAGCGGAAAUUUCGAUUCACUGUCUUCAGACUUCUUGAACUUACCACCAAUUCCCGAAACUAUUCCAAUGAGGAAGAUAUCAGAAAAAGAUGGAUCAAAUUCGGGUGACAAAGAAGAGAAUGCUUUUGAAGUGCUGACCUCAGAACAUUCUAAUUACAGCACAUCCACAUAA